AUGGGCGGCCCUGCACUCUCCACCGUCACUGUUGGUGGUAUGGGCGGUCUGGGUGGUGGGCGCCGAGUGUCUCCUGGCCUACAGUGUUUAGUGUGUGGUGACACCUCUUCCGGCAAACACUACGGGAUACUGGCGUGUAAUGGUUGUUCAGGCUUCUUCAAGAGGUCCGUCAGACGUAAACUAAUCUACAGGUGCCAGGCAGGGACGGGAGCAUGUGUAGUUGACAAGGCUCACAGGAAUCAGUGUCAAGCGUGUCGCCUCAAGAAGUGUAUACAGAUGGGAAUGAAUAAAGAUGCCGUACAGAACGAGAGACAGCCACGGAACACCGCCACCAUCAGACCAGAAGCCUUCGCUGACAUGGACCAAGAGAGACUACUGAGGGAGGCUGCUGUUGCUGUUGGGGUGUUCACGUACAGCGGUAACGAGCAUAACUCUCACCAAUAUGUCAAGGGUUUGAGCUUCGGCCCAGACACGAACCAUAGUGAGUCACAGGGACCAUGGGGAGUCACAGGGACCAGGGAGUCACAGGGACCAUGGGGAGUCACAGGGACCAUGGGAGUCACAGGAACCAUGGUGGAAAGCGACAAGACCAUGGUGAGUCACAUAGGGACCAUGAUGAGUCACAGGAACCAUAGAACCAUAGUGAGUCGCAGGGACCAUGGGGGAGUCACAGGGACUAUGAUGAGUCACAGGAACCAUGAUGAGUCAAGUGAGAACCAUGGAAUAAGGAGUGUCGAUUCACCAGUAGAUGUUCUGGGGGGUGGAAGCGAGGACACUGUAGGACCUAUGGGCCCUCAUAUGCCUCCGGUGUCAUCGUGUUCGUCGUCCUCGUCGUCAGGAGCGUCGUACAUGGAGGCGGCGCCGCUGUGGGAUCCCCUGCAGGAGUCUGUACAGGAGACGGCGGCCAGACUACUAUUCAUGGCAGUGAAGUGGGCCAAAAACCUACCUUCCUUUAGCAGUCUACCAUUCCGUGACCAGGUGGUGCUGUUGGAGGAGGUAUGGUCAGAAUUGUUUGUGUUGAACGCCGUGCAAUGGUCGCUCCCUCUGCCCACCUGUCCACUCCUCUCGCCCUCCGCCCACGCCCACACCCUCGCCCACGCCCACAAGGCAGCCCAGGCAGCCCAUGAUAUCCGUCAGUUAUCUGAAGUGGCUGGAUCAUUCAGAGAUUUGGCUGUCGACCCUGCUGAAUUCGCUUACCUGAAGGCAAUUGUUUUGUUCAGGCCAGUUCGUGGACUGAAGGACUCAGCACAGGUGGAAUCACUGCAGGACCAGGCACAGGUUAUGCUGAGUCAGCACGUGAGGGCCCACUACCCUGCUCGACCUGCCAGAUUCGGUCGCCUUCUACUGCUCCUCGCCUCCCUCAGGUCACCCCCACCCCCCAGGGUACAAGCUCUCUUCUUCACCGCCACCAUCGGUAACACGCCCAUGGAGAAGAUCUUGUGUGACAUGUAUAAAAGUUGAGGUGUGUCACUUAGAAGCUCCGUGUGUACCACGAAGAAGCUCCGUGUGUACCAUGGAGAAGCUCCGUGUGUACCAUGAAGAAGCUCCGUGUGUACCAUGGAGAAGCUCCAUGUGUACCAUAGAGAAGCUCCGUGUGUACCAUGAAGAAGCUCCAUGUGUACCAUAGAGAAGCUCCGUGUGUACCAUGAAGAAGCUCCGUGUGUACCAUGGAGAAGCUCCAUGUGUACCAUAGAGAAGCUCCGUGUGUACC